GGCCGCUUCCUCACCAUGCACAAGCGGCGGCGGCGGCGGCCCACGACGCGCAGCCUGCAGCACCACCCCGCCCUGCUGGACGACAUCCACCACGGCCUGGUGCAGUGCGUGCUGGACCGCGUGUCCGCCUGGCCCUUCAACGCCUUCGCCCUGGACACGGUCACCGGAGGUCGCUCUCUGCCCGUGCUCUGCGUCCACCUGUUCCACUGGUACGGCCUCAUGGACCACUUCAAGCUGGACGUCGUCCGCGUUUGGAAACUUUUCAGUCUGGUGGAGGACGGCUAUCACGGCAACAACCCUUACCACAACUCGAUACACGCCACUGACGUGACGCAAGCGAUGCACUGCUUUCUGCAGGAAGAAAAGAUCCGUAAGUACAUGACGCCGCUGGAGAUCAUGGCGUCGCUGAUCGCCGCCGUGACCCACGACCUGGACCACCCCGGCGUCAACCAGCCCUUCCUCAUCGCCACCUCGAACCACCUGGCGGCGCUGUACGAGGUAAGACGGCCAAAUACAUCGGUUCUGGAGAACCACCACUGGCGCAGUGCUGUGGGCUGUCUGCUGGAAAGCAAUCUCGCUGAUCAGUUGAAGGAUUGUCGUAAAGAAAUGGAAGAACAAAUAGCAUCGCUCAUUUUAGCUACUGACAUAACUCGACAACAGGAAUUCCUUACUAAAUUUAAGAAAUAUCUUGACGACAAAUCUCUUGAUAUGACCAAGCAUGAAGACCGACAUUUCAUUCUCCAAAUAGCCUUGAAAUGUGCCGAUAUUUCAAAUCCUUGCCGACCAUGGGAUGUUAGCCGCAAAUGGAGUCAGAAAGUCUGUGAAGAAUUUUUCCGACAGGGAGAUUAUGAGCGCCAGCUUAAUUUGCCGAUCACUUCUCUAUGUGACCGUACAACAAACUCAGUUCCAAAAAUACAAGCAGGUUUCUUCAAAUUUGUUGUUGCCCCAUUGUUUGAGGAGUGGCACAGAUUUUUAGACACCCCUCUAUCAUGUAAUAUGAUAAGUCAUCUCCGAAAUAAUCAAGCCAAAUGGGAUAUUCUUUGCCAGCAAGAAGCUGACCAAGAAAUCCGAACAGAGAUUUCCGAUGCUGAGUCACAGGUUGCAGAGGCUGAGAAGCUUUGUGAAGACGCAGAUGAAGAUGUUGAUGACAAUGGCAAGGGCAGCCAAGAACAUCUUCUUUCAGAAUCUCCAAGAAGACCAUCUCUCCCUGCAGAAUCUUAUGAACCAGACCAGUGUACUUCUGGAACUACAUCCACCAUAGGCCGACGUCACUCAGUUCCUCUAAGCAGAUCUUUGCCAAAGACAAUUGUCCGAACAGAAGUUGGUGGAAUGUCGUCUGACAGAGGAACAACUAGGCGGUUCACCCUAGUUCCUGUACUUCACUUGGAGGAAGAUGAAAAUUCGUGUGGCGAUGUGGCUUUGGAUGACUUCCUUACACAUUCACAACUCUCACUUCAGUCGUCCUGCUCUUCAUCCAUGGGAGCCGAUCGAAGUGGGGAGAGGCCAGUAAGCGCUGAAAACCUUCUUCCAGAGCCAAGCAUUGCAUCAAUAACAACCAGCACAGAGGCCAGCAGACUGUCCACUGUGCUCCAUGGAGGAAAUGGUAGUGCAACUUCUCCUGGUACAUUAGCUCCUCCUCGCAGUCUAACAAGGCAACAGACCUUCCCACCAGUUCAGCCCUAUGUACGAGCAAGAUACAUGUCCACCACCGUUGAGAUGUCAACGUGUCCUGAAGGAGUUGCAAACACUACUAGUAGUUCAUCCAGUUCAAGUAGAACAGAACUUACAGGCACCGCGCUUCCUAAACAGGAUGGAUCACCGUGUGGCCACAAUGGAUGCAACACUCCACCCACCCAAUGGACAAAGUCACUUCGUACGAAUAAUGCACAAACGUCCUCAGCAGUGGACCCAAGCUUACAAUCUGCUGUCAAGCGGUCAGAGCCUGCAGAACAAUCAAGUGACCACAAAGCAAAGGCUAGCAAAGUUGCAAGAUUAUCCCUCUCAGACCCUAAUGCAGCAGAGAAGAUAUCUUUGGCGGCAGCUGCUCUACGACUUCAACACAAGGAAAAUGUUGAUCCUCAAUGUGAUAUUGUGAGCAGUACUUCGGGUACAGCCGCCAGUGUGAGCAGUGUUCGUAGAAAUGUUCCUCAGGGUCUUGUGCUAAGAAGAGGUUCAGCCCCAGUGACUUUGAGCCCCCGAGAAGAUGUGCCACCUGGUGUGUCUAUUAACCUGAGACCUGGAACGGAAAGAUUCUCUCGAAGGGGUUCUGUUCCAAUCGACAUCUCCCGUCAAAGUGUUUUAAGACCUCUGGCUUCCAAAGAGAAUCUUGGCUGCUUCUCCCCCCCUGCUCAGCCACUACAAACAGCCACCACAUCGCUCAAUCAAUCUACAUCCAGCAAUACAAUACCACGGCAGUCCUCUCUGCCUCAUGAUCUUGCCAGGCAGUCGCAAGGUCUGCCAGCCUCAUCCAGCCCAGCCAGCACUCCUGUAACAGCCCCAGCAGGAUUUGGAUUGAAGGACAGUGAGGGAAACUGUCAGAAAAGUGUGUUUUGGGAUCCAGUUGGAGGGAUUUUACUAUGGCCACAAGAAAAAUCCAAGUUGCCAUCUAAUUACUCAUUUAGUGCUGACUUAAUUCAUCGUCUCGCUGCACCUGACAAGAAAGUUCGUUCUCCUGCGUCUACUUCUGUGUCAGUUGGUGCACCAUGGGUGAAUAGGCAGUUGCAUUACUUGGAUGUGCGUCGUAGUUCCGUUCCAACGGAUAUCAGCUUGGAACUGUUGCGCCGACUGACAGAGCAGCCUUCCGGACCAGGGCGCUCAUCAAGCAACAAUACCAACAACAAUAACAACAAUAACAGUAAUGGUAAAUCCAGAAACAGCCGGGUCAAGAAAGUUCUGCGCAGGCGCAGUUCUGGAGGCCCCGAGCUGUUUCUGACCGACUGCACUGUAGAUAGCAGCACCUGGCAGCGCUGGCGCCGCGAGGUGCUCCUCGUCCAACGCAUGGGGGUGGCGGACCCAGCCCCUGUGCUUGAACCCCUACUGGCUCGAAGGAGAGGUUCCCUGCCUGUAGAAAUGUUGGCAGCCACUCAAUCAGGACCGCGUUCACCAGAGGAGGUCUAAUUUCUGCAACCCCUUGCAAGCAAGUGUUCAUUGACAAUUUACCCCAAGUCAACCCUUGUUCAAGAAUCCACCAAAACUUUAUGAAACUGUUGUUGAAGUGAAACCUUCAUAAACUUCUAGGACUCCUGUUUAUGGGUGUUAGUGGUUUUGAGUUAAUCUUCCAGAUUAUUCCAUUGGAGGAAAUAGACUGUGAAGUUCAAUAAAUAAUAAUAAAAAUAAUAAUAUUGACGCUAAGGGAAAGAUCACUUCCAAACUGCCAACAAGUGUAUGUUGUAAAAUUCAAAAUCAAACAAUAAUGUGUCCUAUAAUUGUAGAUACAGAUUAAGUGUUUUCCUUUGUAUGUUCUUUUCAUGUUGUUGUUUGUAUGUGUUUGUUCUGUUCUAUUUAUUAACAAAUGUGGCGUUUUUAGAAAUGAUGGACCGAAUGUUGUAUUACGUGAAUUCAGGAUUAGAUGAAUAUGUGAUGAGACAUCGGUUAUAGUUGUUAACAUUUGUGUUGGACCUGUACAUCUUGUUAUUGUACAUCAUUUGGAGUUCAUGUACUUUGAAUGGUAUUUUCAUGCUCAAGAUCAGAGAUUUACAGGUCUAAGCCUUUUUUACAGCCCAUUUUAAGAUACUUGGUGGGCAAAGCCUUAAAGUCACUUAUGACGAUUUGCCUGGCAAAAUUUUGGCUUUGUUUUCGAUUUUCUGUUUUUUGGUCUUGGUAUUGUGCAUCAAUCUGCACUUCAUUUUGAUGACAACAUGAUGCUGUUAAAUGAGUAACAAUUCUAUUUGGUUUCUUUGUUUGUUUAAACUAUUUAUGACAUUAUUUUAAUGUUAGCCAUAGUCAAAAGAACCUCUACUUUUAAAUCUCUAAAUGUUGUAACUGUGACUACACAAAGCCACCACUUUUUCUUUUCUUUUUUUGCUCAAUUGAAAAAAGGAUUUGGUUGUGUUAUCUGAGGGUCAUGAGAUCUCGCAAUACUAACAUAAUACUUCUAUUCAUCAUAGAGCGCCAUUGGAUGAUCAGCGCGGUCUAUUUUAUGGGCUAGUGACAUUGCACAAAACAAAUCUUUCAUCUACUUUUUCCUCUAUCUUUAAAACGAUGCUCGUGUAUUUUUUUUUGUAUUUAUAAUGUGCGUUUUUUUUCUCUUAUGUUGUGCAAUUCUAUAAAGGGCCAUCUGAACCUAUCCUCUUUCCCCAUCGUCUCCAUUUGAAAAAAUUUCUGACACACCAUGGUCCUUUUUCCAUCUGUUAUUCUUUUAAACUGAGAACAUAGAUUUGACUAAGUGAUCUUGUGUGGUGUGAUGGAAAGAGAAAAGUUCAAGAGUGUUUACCAGAGUACCUGUUUACUAGCCGAAAGUAACAAACAAACAAAAAAGAGAGCUCAAAAAUGUUCUUGAUGCUUUAUCAUGUUUCUCCUGUAAUAAGAUGAUCAUUGAAUGAGUCGACAUCAAUACAAUGAAUCAUGAUACAUAUUGUAUGGGGACCAGAUCAUCACAUUUUUCUUUUUUUAAACUUCUUCAUUCAUUGUCACCAUUAUAUGUUUUUUCCCUGCUGUUCCUUCAAGUGGUAUUUUUUCUGCAGUUCAGACCAUGUGUGUUCUUUGUGUUUGCCUCAGACAAUCGAAGAAACAAAUGAGGAAAUCAUCUCCUUGAUGCGACCAUCAAUGUUAUGUUAUUACUUUCCUAUAAAAUUUCCAAUUUAUUUUCUAUGACUUUUGUGUCUCUAAAAAUGCAAUAAUUCUUGUGGACUAGCUACUUGACAAUUCUAUACCUAUCUUAAUGUAUGUUGUGACUGUAAAACCAGUGUUUUGGCUAUGGAUGACAUGAGUUAUGUAACUUUGCAAAGGCUAGAAAAUUGAAUUUUCUAUCCCAGAAUAUCUUAUUUACUUGUUGGUCAAAAUUGUUCAUGAAGAAGCAACUUGAAGGAAUUUUUGGAGAGCUCAGACAUCACUAUCAAACUGUAUAAUUUUAAGUUUGUUAUCCUUGUAGUAUCUUUGCAAUAGUAGAAAUGUUGGACAGAGCGAGGCCAAACCCAGAAAUUAGUCUGUUGUUGUCUUACCCGACUGAAAUUUUCAAGUAAACUUACUGCCUUCAGCCAUUGUAAUUGCCCUUCACUAUUUGCUCUCUGUGGUAAAGACGUGUUAUUACUUUACUUCUCUUGUAUGCAUCUUUAUUUCUUUAACAGCUUUUAUCAGUGUUAUUUUUAUUUCAGUCCUAUGCCAAAAAUUACCUUGUAUUGUUCAAAAUCUUCCUAGUCAAUUUUGUUUAGUAAAUACUGAUUUUUGAACUGUUGUUGAACUUACAUCUGGUGCGUAUUAUGACUACCAAAUGUAAGGUUUCAAGUGUUUAUGAGAUUUUUUUGUUCCCAUUUUUGCAGUGAUAUAUUUGCAUGGACUCUUUAGCCCUUGCUUUAUAAGUUGUUUAAAAGAUUAAAUUCACUCAGCUAUCUUGAGUUUGAGAUCGUGUUUCGUUAUUGUUGUGAAUAUUUUACCUCUAUGAUUUGUUUUGGGGAUAUCAUUAGGUGGCUGAAGUGAAACUGCAAAGGUUACUCUCUCACCACAUUUCUCCCCCAAUGUUCCCUAUUCAUGUGAUACAAUCUGCUAACGGUAGUGUUCUCUGCUGCCACUUGUCCGGUAUGAAAGUGCAAAAAUUUAAUUCUACCUUAUCAAUUGUUAUGUUUUAAUAAUUGUAGAAUUUAAGCCACCAUUGUGCCAAAUAUUGGCUUGACUGGUUUGCCAUUAUCUUCUCUUUUGUUUCCUUGGUUUGGCAAUACAAAUUCUCCUUUCAUUUUUUAUUUUACCUCAAGAGUUCUUGUUGUACUCAGUGAAAAACUCUUUCAACAAGACCUUUUUAGGUCAUUGUGUUAACUAUUCCGCUUUGGUUACAAGUGUUUGAGAAUAAAGAGGCAGUGGCAGUCUUUCAGUAUUACUGUAAAGGUUUUAUUUUAGGACUACCAUAUCUUACUGUGUUCAGUGUUGUUAAUGCAUAUGCAGUUUUCUCAGUGCUAAUGUAUACUUUAUACUUGAAGUGGGAAGAGAUGUUUAGUUAUAUAUCCCCACUAGAACUGGCAGACUCCUCUUAUUGAAUGAUGGUGAUGUGUCAGUUUGCAACUUGUGUGUUAGCUGUUUGCGACUUCUAUCGUUCACUCUCAUGUAACUUUAUGUGAUUUUGUUUUCUUAAAUGUAUAAAUGAAAGCAUGCAAUUUUCUUAAUACAGUCAAUAGUCUUUAUCAAUGAGAUGUCUGAGUCUUGCAAUUUUUCGGCUGACGUAGUCCUGGUCAAGUCCUUUAUUAAUUACAUCAGUUUACACCCCACUUCCAAAGCUCCAUCUUUUUUCUUUUCUUUCUGUAUUCUGAAAAAAAUAUUGUCUUAAAUUUAAAAUGAACCAAAAACGUGUGUCAGAAUGCACAAAUUCUGCCACAAGAGUAUAUUUUGAGAUUGUACCUGAUCUUCUCAGUGUGUAUUCUUCCUCUUUUUUAAGUGCACAUGUUUAGGCUUUUUAAAUUUUUUUUAUAUUGACUGUGACUGUUAAGUUGUGUCUGAGCUGAGGAAUUAUUCAAAUUAUUUGAGAGCCACUUUUUUUUAACCCCAACAAUCUUUAAUUUGAACCUUGUUAAGUUCAUCAAGUGUUGUAAAAUCAACCAACCAAAAUUCUCAUCUUCAAAAUCCGAUGCCAUUCCUGAGUCAAUUUUGUGUCUCCCAUUCAUAUUUACCUAGACUCAGUGGCGUUUGCAAUCAUUGAGGUAGAGCUAAACUUGUGUGUAUCAUUGCACAUUCUAAGCAAAAUUAUUUCUUUCUUCGGCCAGUCCAACAGCACUGUUGCGGGCUGCAUGCGUGGCAUACCUUCUGUUUCUCUAUCUUGGUUUGAUGUAUUUAUUGUAAGGAUUGAAUUUUGUGGAAAUGGACUUUUUGACAAGGUAUUAAGUAUCAUGUUUCGAUUGUUGAGUGGAAGGGAGUCGUAUGCUGAAACCAAAAAAAAAUAUUGGGUGCUAACAUCAGUUUGUUAACUUGGCAAAAUAAUGUGGAGAAACACUCCACCGACAUUAAAGUGUGUUUAUCAUCAAA